AGUUCAACGACAACUUGACACGGAAGUGAUACAACGGUCUAAAUUAGCAUUUUGUGUACACACUAGUUCUUACAAAAGCUAUUGUAACUAGAUAUUUCAGUAAGAGCAUGGUGUGCAAUUGCACCUUAUCGAUCAAUGUAUGAUAAAUAGACGCAAUAUAUUGCACGAGACAGGGCAGGGAGAGCUCGGUUAGCAAAUAAGCUACAGUAACGUAAUCUAGCUAGCCAGCCAGAUAAACAACCCUGCAUCUUCAGAUCAAUGCAUAGUUUGGGGAUAGAGUUGGUCUAACGUCUAGAAAACAAAGGGACGUGUCGAAAAUGGGUGCAUUUUACUGUGCGAUAUGUAGGCAAACAUCUUUCUCCGGAAAAGCACACAUCUUCGGGAAAAGUCACCAGAGCAAACUCAAAGUGGUCCUUGUUAAAUUCCUUGAGAAGGUGAAAGAGGCGCGUCGAACGAUAAAAAAUCCUCAGGUGGAGAGGUUCGAUUGCACUCAGCACAAACGCAAAUGUUGGUGUUACUGCUGCGGCCUCGAGGUGGAGAGAGACGUCACUGAUGGCGACAUCACUGUGUUGUUCGGGGGCUUGUUGGAACACAUGGCCAGGCCUGACCACAGGAAGGGCACCCACACAUUCUGGUGGGAGAACAAAGCUGAUCCUAAACUGAGGGACAAGUUUAUAAUCACAGAAAAUGAAAUGGAGAGAUUUAAAACGGAGGUGGCAAAAGCUUUAGGCUCAUUUGAGGAUAAGGAGGAUGGGCUUAUCAAGCAGCAAGCCACUCAUAUCCGAGCUCAGGAACAGCAUCGCCAGGAGGUCCUUCAGUCUCUCAUAGAGCCUAAGGCAGAGCUGGAGCUAUCGAACACAGAGGGCCCUUGCAACUCAGUGGACGAGGCUUCCAGUAGCUCUCACUUCAGGGCUCCUGGAUCCGAUGAGCAGGCCAGGUCUGGUCGGGUCAACCAAAUGGUGGCCAGGCAGUGGGCAGGCCCUGGACAAGGCCUGACCUUCAUUGGCUACCAGGAUUCUUCCAACAGUGGAAAUGUUCACACAGGAGCCAUCCCUCCAUGGUUACAGGAGGACCCCAAUGAGGGCAGGUCUGGGACAAUGGAGCAGGCGAUCGGUCCAUCACUCCAGGACUUCCUCAAACAGAAGGAGCAGGAGAAGCUGAAGAAACUCCCCCCUAACCGGGUGGGGGCCAACUUUGACCAUAGCUCCCAGACAGAUGCCAACUGGCUGCCCUCUUUCGGCCGGGUGUGGAACAGCGGACGCCGCUGGCAAUCCAGGCACCAGUUCAGAGAGGAAGAGGGACAGACCAACAGACAAAAGAGAAAGCGGGAUCAAGGUGCUGAGGGAACAAAGAAACCAAACCGCCUGAACAGUGACUAUAGUAUGCAUUGUACAUAGAAAUGUUACAGAACAAAGCAGUUAAAAAGCCUUUAUUUCAGGAUAUAAUGAACUAGGCUCAAUUGUAAAUUACCUUUAAAUGUCAAGCUCACUAUGCCCGUUUUAAAUUUGAUUCCCGGCCAAUGUUUUUGGCACUUGUUUUAAAAUAAAAUAAUGAACUGGACUACA